UCUAGUGUGAUUGUUUUGCGUCCUCCUCCGCUCGUUGUCUCCUCCCCCCGGCCGGGUGACAGCUCGGGGGCCGGACGGCAGCUCCGGGUCUUGUCUCGGUGCCGGUACCGGUACCGGGCGCUGCGCCGGGAGCGCCCCGCUGGCGCACGGCGGGCGGGCGGGGGGGCGGGCGCGGGGGGGGGAGAUCCGCGCUCCGGCCUCUCCCGGCGCCGGCGGCCGAAGUUUUAACGGCGGCUGCUCGGGGGCGGAGUGGAAGUGUCCGGGAGGGAGCGGGGUCGGUGCCGGCCAUGGCUGCCCCGCGCCCCGCGGCCCCGCGCGGCCGGAGCGCAGCCCCCGCCCUGGUGCCCCGUGGCGGCUGCGGGGCGCGGGGGGCCGGAGCCCGGCGCUGAGCAGCUCCGCGGUGCGAUGUCCUCGCUGGUGAAGGAGGACCUGGAGAAGAGGCUCUUCGGCCCCCGGCGGCAGAGGCUGCACGAGUUCAUCGAGGUGGAGGGCGCGGGCGCCCAGCGCUACUACCUGUGCGCCGCAGUGACUAAAAGUAAAGAAGUAGAAAUAUGUAUGGUUAAACACUGGCGAGUGGACCGAGAGGAGAAAUAUGAAAUAGUUGAAAAGUGGUUUUUGAAAGAUCUGGAGAUGAUUGAUGGAAAAGAAGCAGAUGCAGAUAAUCCAUAUUUUGAUAUGCAUUUCCACAAAGUCUACAAUAUGGAAGCAUAUAGUUGUGCAUCUAAAUAUACCUUUGCUCGAACACUAAACAAACUGAAUGCCAUGUACCUUAAGAAGGACUUCAAGAUUGUGAACUUUGAUGACACCUACCUAAAUGAUGAUUCAAUCUGGUCAUCCAGCAAUAGAGAUUUCUUAGUAGUAAUGAGGGUUUGCUUCUAUGCUUCCAACCUUUUGUGUCUCUCCCUCUGUCGUUUGUCCUAAAGAUGUAUUUUCUAACAUUAAGGUGACUGGGUGACUUUCACUGACCAGCAUUUCAUAAACCAUCUGAUAAAAAAGUUACUGGCUGAUAUGCAGUGUCUCCUUUUUAAUUUUACAUGUAAGUAAAAAGUGGAACAUUUUACAUGAACAGUUGAUAAUUCAUUUAUGCAUAUUAGGAUGUCCUCAUUCUAGCAAAUACUUAUACAUACAAUAGACGGGAAACAUAGUGCCAGUAAUUAUCAUGGUCAGUGGUGGUUGCUUACGUAAGCAGAAUUCAGCAUUUGCUUAUAUGUUCAUGGAGGUAUAAGUUAUCUUUCAUUAAUAGCUUGAAAUACUUUUGCAGCAUUAAGAGCAUUAACAGUUAGUUUAUGUCUUGGAAGUAGGAAAAAAAAGCAAUCAGUUGAGUUCUGUAUGAGAAUGAUGCACAUUUCCAUUUCCAACUGUGUUGAAACACAGAACUCCAUUAAAGAGAUCAUAGCUACAUCCCUACAAGAAUCCAGUUCUCAUCCUGAUGAAUAGGAG